UUUUUUUAAUCUGUGCUCUGUUUGUUUUUUGCAUUUUCGUAUCGUUCGUUUUCUCGGUUGUCUUUUGCUAAUCGCCUCAUUCAUCGAUCGUUAACAACAAGUACUUAUUUCCCUAUAAAAUUCUUCGAAGAAAGACGCACACACGGUCAUGUUUUAAUGAACAGCAACCAAAAUCCUGUGAUACGAUAAUCAAACAGGUAAUAUUAGCUACAUGCGCGUAAAAAGAUCAUUUGUGUACUAAUCUUAGCAGUUAUCACAGCCGAGUUACGUAACGUGCGUGGAUAAUGAUAGGGAAGAUCUUCGUUUUGUGAGUGUGGUAUAUAGUGAAGUGGCGCCAUACAGGGACGAUCGGCAGCACAGUAGGAGGAUCCUCGAUGGAUGACGUGUGAUCGACCAUGGAGCAAGGCGGAGGAGAAGACGAAAGCCAGCCCCCAGUAGAAAGCUCCUCAGAAGACCUUGACCCGAUACUAAACGACAGCUCGUCAUCAAGUGAUCCCUUUGUAAACCAGGACGUUUUUGAAUCUGGAGUGGACGAUAGACAAAACCAGAACGGUGAAGGAGUAUCAAAAGACGACGACGAAGACAACUGGGAAGACGUCACCGAAGUGGACACUCAAGCAACUAUGGCCACCAGAGUAAAACGGAUUGAGAUUCUUUUAGCGGUUAGCUGUCUCGCCGGAGCUGUAGUUAACCAGUUUAUCACUGCUGGUGGACUUCGGCGUCUUACGAGGGAGGCACCUCCAGGACAUCCACUAUUGACAAAUGUGUCGUAUCUGGAUGUCUAUGACGGUGAACUAAGUACCGUAUACGAUGAGUUCUUGAAACAUGAAAUCACCGUGACACUGUAUUAUGCUCCGUGGGAUGCGACCAGUCGCGAAAGCCUCCAAGUUCUCGACGAAGUUGCCAAGGAAUUUCAAGAUGUCCGUUUCGUGGCAAUUAACUGCUGGCAAAAUUCAGCUUGCUUCAAGUACUACCAGUUUAAAUUCUACCCCUCAGUAAGUGUGUAUGUAAGAGGUCAGGGCAGUAUACAAUAUCCUAUCUACUCAGCACUGGCCAAAGAUUACUUCAUCACGUUUCUUCAUAAUGUCAUUAAUCCAAUAACGGUUGUAUCAUCAGAUUACGAGUGGUACACGAUGAGGUCGAGGCAUUUUGCUGUUGUCACAGUUCCUCAAAUGUACUACCGAUUCGGCUAUAGUUUAGCGCUCGAAUCGUUGAGGAAAGAUCCUCGUCAGCGAGUCGGUUUUGCGGUGCUUGCUAAAGGAGGCGGUGAUACGGUGCGGCUUCACCUGUGGAACGAAACGCUUACCUACGAUGAGAGUAAUAACCCAACUGUAGCGUCAGUUUCAAAAUGGGUCUACGCAAAGUUUCAUGAGCCAACUGGCUAUCUGAUGAACUCAGGCUACAAAAGCAAUCAAAUCUCUAAACUCGUGAAUAGCACUAAAGCUUUCAUCGUGGUGAGAACUCAUCCAAACUCGAGUUUAAAUCUCAACCUGCAUAUGAUGGCGCUCCAAUUCUACUCGUGCCAAGAUACUUAUGAGGCACAUUCGAAACAAGUUCUAUUGUCGCUUCUGGUUGGAUCUGAGGAUCGUUCUAUCAAUUGCAAACGAAUGCCAUAUCCCUUUGAGUGUACCUCGACAUCAAUGAAGUGCAAUACUAAAUCACCGGUCGAUAUUUCAUUCAUGAGCAACUGGGCUAUACCAGUUUCCAUAACGUGCCAGCGGCUUGAGAGCCUCUAUCUGCGACACUUAGAAAUUAAGCGGAUCUGCCAAACUCAUCGAACACAGCCAGACGGUGCCAAACAUCCAAAGGGCCUUCUCUGGGGUCUUGGUUGUGGAAAAGAGCACUUAUUCAAAUUCCUCACGCUCGAUGGCGCGCUCUAUGACCAACUGUAUCCGCUGGAAGCGCCGGCCAUCAUUUAUGAUGCUGAGGAUGACAUCAAAUAUCUUCUGCCUCAGUCGCAGUUCACCGUGCGUGGCAUCGAAUUUUUUGUAGCUCGCUAUGCCGUAAAGUUACGAGAAAAACUUCAAAAAUCGAUGUCUGUUGUACGACAUGAUCUAUUCCACGAUCAGCCAGAGAAGUUCGUUCCACCUAGCGAAGAGGUGGUUGGAUCAUUGACCGGAUCCAGCAGGUCAAAGAGCGGACAACACAUCGUGCCAGCGGAGUCGGCUUUUCGAGACACGGUCAUUUUCUUCUAUACGAACUGGUGUGGUUUCUGUAAAAGUGUCGCUGCAAACUUUCACAGAGUGGCGCACUUUUUCAAAGCCGCGCCGAUCUCAUUUCGAACUGUAGACGCUGAAGGAAGCCGAUUUGAGGACAUCCGAUAUUCGCCCGAUAGCUACCCGCAGGUCGUCUUCUUUCCAGGAAACAGUUCUGACACUAUCCGCUAUUCAGGAAACUGGCGGCCCCAGUGCCUAACACGGUUCAUUCUCAAGCACUGCAGCGACAAGGUGCUACAAUCGCUCUGAAUUGUCGACAAGCGUCCACUAGGACUUCAAAAAAGUUCUCUGGCACACCGUAAACAAGGAAGAGCAAAGAUAUAGUGACUGUGAUCUAUUUAAAUACGGAAAUACAGAGCAAUAGCAUACUUUACUGUUUGAAAUACUUGGCUUUAAUGCUAAAGCAGAUCCUAUAAUAUGACAGAUUUAAUACAAGUUUUGUUGAAUUAUGAUGAGUGACUGUACAGUGUAAGAAGCAUAGGGUAACCCAUAUGAUGCAGGUCUAAAUAAAGCCGAAAUAAACUAUUUUCAUUGUAUACGUUGUACAGAAUCAUCGUAUUGUUGUCAUCAGCAUUAAAUAACGUCGAAAACCUAAUAGUCUAAUGCGAUAAAGACAUGCGAGAAGGAUGUCACUAUAUAAUAUUCCGUUUUAAUUAGUUUUCGAAAAUAUUCCAUUUAAGAUUUCUGAGGAUUGCAUUUCUAUAUAUAUUCAUGACUUUGGAGCUGGUUUUUAAAAGAAUAAAAGAACUUAAUGAGUUAUUCAAAUAGAGACAAACUUUUGGCUGAAAACUCAUUGUUCAAAAGUUUGAACAUACUGCUUGAAGUCGAAAUCCUAUUAGAAUCAUUUUGCUAUAAGUCGUUUGACAGUAUAUUUAAUUUAAU